AUGACAGAAUCUUCAAAUUACUGGACGUUUCGCUUUCGCCUUGCGAAGAUUGAGCAUUGGUGGUGGACAUUGGUCCAUGUCGGCAAGAUCAAACCCACCCCCUCCGACUGGUACGGUUGGCGGCUCUGGCCCACUAAUGGCCUCUCCUACGAUCCUACAGAUAUUCUACGUAAUGUCGACUUUUCUCGUUCUAAAUUAUUGGAAGCAUCUGCCGAUGAUCAGAGUAAAUUCAUCUAUGAUAAUGGUGACACAGAUCCGCAGGAUGUUUCGCUGCUUUGGGGAAAAGAGCAGGGUUUUCGGAGACGGGUAUCAAGAGCGACCUCCAGCAUGCCGAGUGGCCUUCUUCAAUCACGUCCGUUCACAGUCGAUGGCUACUCAGGUGAUGGUCUAUGCCUUGCGAUGGGCAUUCUUGGGCGAAACAAAGGUCUGAAUCCCCGUAACUUGGUCUUCAAUAUUGUCAAAGGCGUCACAGGCAGCCUCGAGAAUUUUGGGACUUGGGCCCCUCGUCCAAAUAAAGUACUUCGCAGCUAUUAUUGGAAAGUGAUGGACCAACAAUAUAGUGGGCUUGGGCCAUCGUAUGUUGCGGCAGCCACAGAAAUCGCUUUGCUCAUGAAGGACAUACCCCAUUCUGCAAUGAAGGCCUGGUUACAAGCUGGUCUGGAGCACCAAUCUAUGACAGCAAAUCAAGUGUUGCGCAACAUUAAGAGCAACAAUAGAAGUGCGGAACUACGUGCCCAUUAUGAAUCCAGCUAUGUGUCGAUGAUCAUGUCACUAAAUUAUAUGCCCAGCAAUGCCUAUAAUGCAUCUUCACGAGAUGUCACGAUCUCAAGGCCUGACCUCACUUGUCUAGGAUUGCUACUGAAGGCGAGAGAUGAGCCCAAGCCAGCGUGGUGGAAUGAUCCCCAUAUUCAGGAUGCUCGAAAGGUAGAGAUCAGUACGUUAGAAGGCAGACAUUGGAAGCCGUCAGUGGCUCUAUUACUUGGUCUGUCUGAAUGGCCUCAAGGGUUUGAAGAUAAUCCAUCAAAUUGGGGGACUUAG